UUAGGACUGAGUGGAAAACACAAGCCAUGGCAAGUCAAGGUAAGCCAGGUUUAGCAAACUCAGUAGAUAAAUUGACCUAUGUUCUAUCUCUAGGACUAAACACCAAGUGAUGUUGAUACGAUACAGUAUGUUAGUAUACUGUAUAAAGCAUCUAAAAAAGUUUUGCUUUUGAAAAGGUGAUCAGCGUCAUUUUUAGGCCUAACAAAAUAAUCAUGUGGGAUUGUGGGUCCUGUUUCCAGACCUACUUACCCGAAACUUUUCUGGAUAUGAAACUGAAACCACAGGAUAUCUUUUGUUAGUAAAACUGUCUGUUUUUUUAAGGUAGUGAUAUAACCACUCAGGACAGCAUUAUCUUUUGUUAGGCAUUAUGAUCACAUCGAUAUAAUUCUUCUCUCAAUAUAACCCUUACCCAAGUUCUAUAGAGCAAAUCUCGAACUCUUAACUAAAUAAAACUAUUGUUGGUGUAGUUUCUUUGCCCAAGCUGGUUGAUUUUGACUGGAGGGUGGAUGUAAAAACAUCAUCUGACGCUGUUACCAGGAUGUCAAUGCCAACAUGUCUCGUUCAACUUAAGGUAAGACGCGUUGUAACGUAAAAUAAAUUACAUUUUAUUACAUAUAUCCUGAACGGGGUAGCGACAAGUACAAGAUUAGAGAGUUUAAGUUCGACUUCCAAUACCGAUACCGAUGUCUUCACUUCCGUUCUCAUUUUGUUACCGGGAAUUUUAAAGCGUUAAGUUAUCACGACAGAUAAAGUAUAUAGAACACAUUAAUCGUCAACGAAUAUGUGCGGUAUACUAAACGGCAGCUGAGCUAAAAUUCCGACUAAAACAUGACCCAGGCGAUGCUAAUAAACAAAUAGUUUACAUGUUUAUCGUAAAAAUGAUGAAAUAUCCGAUUUAUAUGAGUUUAUCUUACAAUUCGCCCGACUUCCAAUACAAGGCCGACUUCGGUAGUGGUAACUUCCAAUACACUUGUCCUCGUGCUUCUUGCGAGCAGAGAGCAUGCGCAUGACAUGUUGUUAGUAUCGGUAUUGGUAUCGGAAGUCGAACUUAAACUCUCUAAUGAGAGAGAUACAACUGCCUGAAAAAUAUAAGCAGAUUUUCGACGUUUCGGGCGAAGGCCUUUCUUCGUCGGAACGUUAGUACGCUACUAACUUGCUACUAACUACUAAAUUUCCGCAACGGUUGCGAGAAGCUUUAAAAUCUCGUUGCAGAACAUGAUACACGAGCAAUUCCCUUUUCGUGAUAGCAUUGCAACGAUAUUACCACCAUUGCAUUGCCGUAGCCAGAAAAUUAGAAAGGUUCAGAUUUGGCCUCCACUACAUGUAUACCGCUACCUCUCACUGGCUUCGUACGCAUCUGAUUGGUUAAUCAGAUUUAUCAAACGCAUCUGAUUGGUUAAUUGGAUUAUCAAUCGUAUCUGAUUGGUUAAUUGGAUUUAUCAAACGUGUCUGAUUGGUUAAUUCGAUAUAUCAAACAUAUCUGAUUGGUAUGGUCCCUUAAUGGUAGGGGAAGUCAAAUCUGAACCUCUCUAAACACCUAUUUACACCAUACGACUAGUCGUAUACUAUUCUUAUCCUGGCAUAUGUACCCGAAUAAAUGCGUGUGAAGAUAUACUCGAAUAAAUUGUGUCAUAUUUCAAAUUUGGCCAUAAACUAAUGAACAGGAAUAGUGGCGUCAGUAGUCGUUUUCAUACGACAAAUAACCAUCGUAUACGACCAGUCGUAUCGUGUAAAUAUUGCCUGCUAAAAUCUUUCAGUUUGUUCACGUGUUCAUGUUUUCUUUCCCCCAGAUUCAGGAGAAUGCUUGUGAGGAGAAAAGGUUGCCCGAGCUAAAAUGUCUAAAUGUAGAACUAAGUAAAAAGACAUUGGAUACAAUGUUAGAUGGCUUAGGAAAAAUACGAGAUCAACUUUCUUCUGUAUCACAAAGUUCAGCCUCUUGAAGAGACGAUAACAAAUAAUGAUAGACAAUUUAUAAUUAAAUCUCAAGCAUCAACGUGGGAAGUUAUUGGAUUUGAUAUUGCGUUCGGCGUUAUAUUAUAUAUUGGGAAACAUUGCUGUCAAACGUAAGGCGCAUGCGCGAGUCUAUGAAAAAGACGGGGAAAAUGUCUGCCAAAAUAGUAGGAGCAAAUAUGAGAAAAGAAAAGUGUUUACUAUAAGGACACGGCCGAUUCUAUAAUGUGGGGAAUUUCACCGCUUUUCCUUGUGUCAAGACUAGCCUCCUCCGCAGGCAUCGCCUUUAGAUUGGCGGGCAACAUUUACUUGCAGGCAAAAAAUUGUGAGACCAACUUUGUAAUGUACGUGAACCACGAGAUGCCUGCGGUGGAGGUUAUGUCAAGACGAAGUUAUACUGAGUUUAACCUCUCGUAAUUUUCUUUAUACUUUGCUGGAGCUUCGUGAAGGCAAAACUAUUUCCAGUCUUUCAAGACAAGCAGCCAAUACGCAGAUAUUUGAUCGCGGAGUUCUGCGAUAUUAUAUUGGACUAGGACUAGAUAUUGAAUCAUGUUAAUGGCAUAGUUUCAUCACUUUAGAUUGGAAUUUUGUACAAGACUUUCAUAACGUUCAGUUAAAAUUAGGUUUUCUAGACGUUGUUACACUUUGCAACUUGUCUCGCAACUUAUCACGCAAUUUUGUAGCGCCAAAUGUUGUACACGAAAUUGUAAGGUGUAACGUGCCUCGCAAUCAUCCAGUCUCGCAAUAUUUGUGUUCCAAGUUCCAACAAGCAUUGCACGAAGUAAAAUCAAUUUCUAGUUUUCGCAACGAUUGCGGCAAUGCUGUAACGCAUUUUUAAAGCAUUGCACAUGCAGUGUAAUUUUCCAGCUUAGACCUAGGGCCCGCAGGUAGCAGUUGAUUUGUGGCCUAAUCGACUUAAAUGACGUCACUAUUAUCGUCCCCAGAGCCAAUUUCACUUGGUCACUCGCUGAAAAUUAGGCUCUGGGUUAGGCGACUAAAGGAAGAGAUCUGAUUGGCUUCUCAGAGAACUAGUAUUUCGCAGACGUUUUCGCUAGUCAAAAUUAUUCUAUCAACACAAACACUUCGUUUCUUCGUAAUACUUCACUGUGAAAAUCGUUACGGGUACUAAAACGUCCCAAUAGACCUUAUGCAUAAUCACGUCACAAGGCUUGAUGCCCGCGAGGAAUGCUAGUCUUUCAAAAUGGCCACUAUCGAAAUGUUCCCGGGCGAUGACUACUAAGACCAGCAUUCCUCGCGGGUAUCAAGCCUUGUGACGUCAUUAUGCAUAAGGUAUAUUCAAGAGCGUCCACUUUUGUAGCCUGCGACUAGCCUGCCUGCUCGCAGGCUACCACUUGAAACUACUGGAAGUUUUCUUGCUGUUGUAAUUAUGCAGUUUUACUGAGAUGCUAGACAGGUGAAUGUCAGUGAAAACUUUACAACUUUUGAAUCAGCUGUUGUUUAUUAUAUCGCCCUUGGCCUUGGAAACUGUCUACUGCUGUGUUGACAGUAAUUUAGCAAUAUAAAUAUUAAUUAAAUGUAAUUUCAUUAUUAAUGAGUGUUGAAACUACUCUAUCCUAACAUUAAUUACUAAAGUCUAAACAGUUUCUCUUCCUACGCCAAAAGAUAAAAACUUUAUCAUAUUUUUUCGCUGGUGGGUGUGUGUACAUGAUACCCUUGAAUGCGAAUGUCAAAGAUUGUUG